AUGAUUUGGGACUACUACAAUGAAAAGAUCAUAUUCAUUACUAGAGGGACUGGGUUUAUUGGAACUGCGCUUCUCUGUCGACUCGUCUCUCAAUCGUCCCCGGAACGAGUGUAUGUACUAUGCCGGGGUGGCACCGAAAUGGCAAAGGCAAAAUGGCACGAUAUGUUACCUUCGUCUAUGGCUAAAGCCCUCAGUCAUGACGAACGGAUCACGGUCCUUGACGGAGAACUGGGAAAUACUGCCACAAUGGACCUCUCGGAGACGACGCUUCAGAUGCUGAAGCGGACAGUACACGUUGUGUUCUACGUCGCAGCCACGACCCAACUUGACAAUUCCCUUAGAGAACUAGCAUACUCAGUGAUAGAACCAAGCCUGUGCCUCACGGAAUAUGUCUUCAAGUUCCCCAAGCUCGAGCGUUAUGUGUUCUUCUCUACUGCCUACGCCAACUCUCAUCUAUGGAAAUGCCAAAAGUCCACCGACGUGGCAGUGGAGGAGAAAGUGUAUCCCCUUAUUCCCCUCGAUAGCGAAGAAGACUCUUAUCGUGGUACACUUGAGGCAUGGAAAACACUGCACAAGAUGGGAACAUCAGAUGAAUACGAGGCGCAUGACUUCCCGUGGCCAUGUGCAUAUGCAAAGCAUCUAUCCGAACGAUUGAUCUUGCAAAAGGCAUCUGAAAGCAACAAUCUAGACAAAGUCCUCAUCAUGCGCCCCUCGGUCCUCGGACCGGCUGAUAGGUAUCCUUGUCCCGGUUUCGCAACCAAACACGGGACGCCAUCAACAGCCUGUGCCGCGGCAUAUAUGCUCCAUCCAGGUCGCCAGAUCAGACUCUCAACUAGAUGUCAGAACCCAAACCAAGAGACCACAAUCGACGAGGUCCCAAUCGAUGUCGUGGUGGAUCGGACCCUGGUCCAUGUGGCACUGGGAACUACCGGGUGCGUCCAUGCAGUGAGUGGAGUGCAGGGUCGGAUCACGGCUGAACAAUGGUGGCAUGCUUUCAAGAAAGAGCGGAGGCUACCGUGGAAUGCGAUACCGACUUGGACUUCGGAGGAUUGGCAUUCUCCAAAUCUCCAUCAGAUAGCGCAGAGGUACAAGAUCAUUGGUACUUCCUUUGCGUUUGCGCAGGACGAGACUCUCCGAGUUGUGGAGCAGCUUGGGGAUUUCGAGGAGGAGGGUCUUUAUUUGUUUGCUGAUCGGUCGAAGCCGUACUCUCUGCAUUUGAGGAGACAUCAUAUUCUUCAUCAUGCGAUGCAGUUAGCCAAGGAGAAGAAGUGGCCUGCAUGCCUUGCCAGGCUGCUUUGUCGGAAGGAAGUUCAGCACCCUGGCGAGCGAGACGCCUCGGCACACAGACUGAUUCCAACGUUUUCUUCCAGAUAUACACCGUUUUAG